AUGCAGUUUCUCCAUGGGUUUAAGCAAGAGCACAAACAGAAGAUUAUCAGUGAGGAGUAUCUUGACUAUUACAGGUCCUACAACAAUACCAGUGUACCAGAGCGUAUCAGCUGCAGCAUGCCCUUGUCAGUGAGUCUUGUGAUUGCAGUAGACCACAGUGUUUUUGAAGAUGAUCCAACCUUGGAUGCCAAUGUGAUGACCCAGCAGGCUCUUCGGUUGAUAUCACUUUUACAUGGAGGGUCAUUUACUAUUGUACACAAAUUGAAUACCACAUUAGAGAGUGACAAGAAUAACAAUGAGUUAGGUAAGGUGAUACGCGAUUGUGGGUAUCCUUCAACACCAGAACUGGCACCCGCUCCGUUUCCAAUUCUUGAAUUUGAUAAUGAUAGUAAGACAACAGCACUUUUAGUCCCUCGAGGCUGGGACUCGUGGAACAAAAUCACAUUGGUUUCGAAGUCUAUUGUGUUUGAUCCUGAAUUAUCUGCCUAUACCCUUUUAACGGCGAAUACUAAUCCAGAUGCAGUUAUAUCAGCGUACUCAAACUAUGUAAAUAAAGACACAGAUGUAUCCCUCGUUUGCAGUCUUUUCAAGAGGAACAUUAAACCGGCGAAGAAUGGUGUAUCCGCACCAUCUCUACCCGAGGAGAACGUUCUAUCUAGUUUUGAAGACUUGGUGGCUGUUAUGAUCGAUCGUAUUUAAAGGUCGUUUGAUGACUGCAAAAUCUUGUGCAUCCCUUCCCGGUUCACUGAUUUUGACCGUUAUGUUUGCAGCAUGUUGAAAUCUCAUCAACUUACACUAUUCUAACAACCUAGAAUAAGAAUGGUCUACUGACCCAAACAUCCUUCUCCAACAGAAACCCACAUUUAACUAAUAAUACGUGCGACUACCAUAUU